CACUCCUCUCUCCCCUCUCUCUCUCUCUCUCUCUGUUUUCUGCCCUCCUUUUUGAGGUGCUACACCUCUUACCUCCUAAGUUUCUUCAAGUCUCCAUGUUUUGUUGAUCUGGCUUUCUUGUUUUUACCUCUUUAGAUCAUACUAAACUCUUCAAAGUUUCCAUUUUUUUGGCUCAAGUUUUCAUUUUGCUAAUCAGCUAACUCUCUGAAAGAGAAAACCUUCAUCUGGGUCUUGCUCUCUUUUUAGUUUCAAUGCUUCCUUUUUCUGAUUCAAAGUAUUGGGCUUCUUGUUAAAGAUGCAAAUACACGUUGUUUCAUAUUAGUUUGUAGAGUUAAAGCUGAUUGCUCUUGUUAUGAUGGCUUAGUUGAGUUCUAAGAGAUUUUCUAUUUGUAUGAAUAUUCUAUAGUUGAGCUUUGAAAUUAUGGGUAGAGGUAGAGGAAAGGGAAAGAAGUUGACCAUUAACAAUCAUGAAGACCCUGGAAGUGGUGAGGAAGAGAGAAUUCCAGCACAAAAAAGAAGGGGAAGGCCACAGAAACCACUAAAGGAUGAUAUUGAUGAAGAAGAAGCUGAGAAAAUAGAAGAGGAGGAUGGUGAGAAUGGUAAAGCUGGUACUAUGAGCAAAGAAAUAAAAAGUCCCACUGCAACAGAGAAUGGAAAGAAGAGGAAGCGUAACUCGCAGGUCAAAGAGAAGUCAGAUUCAAUCAAAGAGGAAAAUGGUAUUGGAACUAGGUCUAGUACUGAUGACUCAACUAAGUCGAAUGGAUUUCGGCAUAAUGGAAGCAGAAGGAAAAGCAAACCUCGUCGGGCUGCCGAAGCAAUCGUUGAAUGCAAGUAGGGUUGUGGUGGGCAAUUGCACUUGGUCUCAUCCCUUAUGCAUUGCAUUGCCUGAUAAAUGACAGGAUGGGAAGUGAGUCCUGGUGAAUCGCUCGUUUCAAUUUUUUUCCCUUUUUGGUCUGUUUCUAAUUUUUUAUGGUUGCUUAUCUUUAAUUUGUUCUUAUUUCACGUGGGAGUUUUGGAGCUGAUUUUACUUUUGUAAUUUUUGAUAAUGCUAUAUUAUAUUUUAUAUCAUUUCUUGUUUCAUGUA